GACACGUCAGCAGGCCACGUCAGCUACAGUGACACAUCAGACACAGUGCCACGUCAGACACAGUGCCACAUCAGACAGUGCCACGUCAGACACAGUGCCACGUCAGACACAGUGCCACGUAAGCAGUGCCACGUCAGCAUUGCCAAGUCAGCAACAUGACGGGCCUGCCAGGCCAACUGGCCAAUGAGUCCAUUGCCGACUACAAACAGCGUUUCCAGGCUCAGCUCGCUCUCAUCGAGGCUGAGGAACAACGCCAGCUGGCAGCCAAGGCUGCCCAGCUACAGGCUGAAGCAGCGGCAACAGCAGAGAAGCUGCGGCUACAGGCCGAAGCAGACGCAGAUGCCCAGGCUCGCCGCAAGGAAGCCCAGGAUCUGCUGCAGCGGCAUGAAGCCACCAGCAUCGACAGACUCAAGUUCUGGCACUUUGAACCGAACGGCGACGAGGCAACACCGGAAGAGCAGCAUAAGGAGUUCCUCUCCAAACUCGUGACACGGUUGUUGUAUGCUUGCAACCACCAACGGUCCGAGUUGGAGAGACAGAACCAGGAACUGCAACAGCUGUUCCAGGAUCUGAAAACACAGCACCAGGAGUUGGCGAACCUCCGCUGGAUGGUGCAGAGCCACGAGGAUGCAACACGGGCACUCAAUUCCCGUGUACUGGACCUGGAACAGGCUGUACCAGGACCAGAUGCUGGGGCUUCCAGCAGUGCACCCUCUAGCCGCCAACUGGAGGAACGCGUUGACCACGUAGUGGCAAUGCUGGGCGACAUCAGCAACUUCGCGGCGCCAACCACCAUCAGCAGCCAGCUGGACACGUUGAAGAUCGAGAUCUGGUUGCCUCACCUGGCAGCCACCCACAACGUCGACGUCGCCGAUCUGAAGGACAAGAUCACAUGGGAAGAGUUAACACUGCUGUGGGAGAAGCGGUUCAUCGUCGACGACGCACCAGCACUAGCCAUCAACCGUCUCUUCACCAUGUCUCAGGGCAAAACAGCAACACGUGACUGGCUCACGGAAUGUCACAAGAUCGCGGCAGUGCCCGAUCUGGGCUUACCAUUCAUGCAUCUACGUCGUGAGUUCUAUAACAGGUCAUGCGCUGCGCUGAGCCGGGCACUUGGUGAUCGCGAGCAGUAUGCAUCUUUCGCCGAAAUCAUCGACAAGGCAAGAGAGAUCAUCAAGACCAACAGGGCGGCUGCACACGAGAAGUCCACGUGGCAGCCAACCUAUGUGGAGAAGGUAAGAACUGGUCCGCGACAGCAGCAGUUCGCUGCAGUCCAAUCGGACAGUGGAGAAGACCCAGCAGCCACUCCAACAUCACAUGAGGGAGAUCAAGUGGCUGCUGUCCAGCCGCGAAGCAACAAACCCCGAGUGAACGGGAAGGCAAAACCAGCAUCGCAGGCCGGAAACAGACAGCCAGCACCACCAUGGGUCAAGUUCGGCUUGACCGAGGCCGAGUACAAGUACCGCAACCGUUACGGCUGCUGUUACUGGUGCAACAACACCAAGCACAAGACCUCCAUUUGCCAGGAUCAGGCCAAGGAGGAUGUGCGGCCUCUACCGACUCCGUUGAUGGACGCCGGAGUAGAGGUUGUCGACCUUCACGCCUACAUUGCGAAGAUCGACCGCGAGUUCAAGAUGCAACGGUACGACGACAUCAACGCACCAUUGUUAUAUGUACGCAUUCAGAUCGGAGAGGCGACCUGCAGCGCUUUUAUCGAUUGCGGAGCAUCUCGCAACUACAUGAGUCAGGACUUCAUGGUAUGCACCGGCCUUGGCCCACGAGUCCGAAGGAAGUCCCAGCCCACGCAAGUCACGUUGGCGGACGGUCACACGCACAAGUCAAUCGACCGGUGCAUUGAUGACGUCCCAAUGUACUUUGCCCCUCACGCAAGUGAGGCGGUGUCCUUUGACAUUCUGGACACCAAAUUUGACAUGAUCUUGGGCAUGUCAUGGCUGCGAAGCGAGGACCACCCUGUGAACUUCUACCGCCGCACCGUUCACGUUCGUGAUCGGAACGGAGUACUAGUCCCAUGCACGGUAGCUCCUCCUCACCCUUCAGUCAGCUGUCACGUGGUAUUCGCCGCAAGCAUGCGAGCUUCCAUCAUCAGAGACGACAUCGAGGAGAUGGGGGUGUGUUUUCUCCACGCCCUCCCGCCCCAUGACGCUUCAUCGACGAACUCACCUUCGGAUCCACGCAUCACCGAGCUUCUCGACGCCUACAGCGACGUGUUCGAAGGCCCGCACGGAGUAGCACCGGAUCGACCCAUCCGCCACGAGAUCAUCCUCGAGGACGGGGCCGUACCUCCGCGCGGUUGCAUCUACCGAACGAGCGAGGAAGAGUUAAGUGUGCUUCGGGCACAACUCGACGACCUUCUGGAGAAAGGCUGGAUUCGGCCUAGCUCAUCGCCAUACGGUGCUCCUGUUCUCUUCACGAUCAGAAACGUCGGCCCUCUCCCACGCAUCGACGAUCUUCUCGAGCGAUUGGGCGGCGCCAAGUUCUUCUCCAAGCUCAAUCUCAAGUCGGGAUAUCACCAACUCGAGAUCCGGCAGGAGGACCAUUACAAGACCGCGUUUAAGAUGCGAUAUGGGCAUUUUGAAUGGCUGGUUAUGCCAUUUGGCCUUACGAAUGCCCCGGCCACUUUCCAAGCGGCUAUGACAACAGAGUUCCGACACAUGCUGGAUCGAUACGUACUUAUCUACCUCGACGACAUCCUGGUGUACAGCCGGAGUAUGGAGGAGCAUGUGGAACACCUGCGCACCGUUUUGGAGCGGCUACGACAAGCCAAGUACAAAGCCAACCGCGACAAGUGCGAAUUCGUGCGGCAGGAGCUAGAGUACUUGGGACACUAUGUGACGCCGCAAGGCAUCCGUCCGCUUGAGGACAAGAUCGAGGCCCUACGAGUAUGGCCCGAGCCCACCAACACCACGGACGUUCGUUCAUUCAUGGGGUUGGCGGGCUACUAUCAGCGAUUCAUCACCGGAUACUCACGGAUUGUUGCACCUAUGACGCGACUACAAUCGCCAAAGGUGCCAUUCGUAUUCGAUGACGACGCACGCCGGUCAUUCCAAGCACUUAAGACGGCCAUGCUCAUGGCACCCGUCCUUAGCAUCUAUGACCCCACCCUGCCGACGAGAGUGACUACGGACGCUUCCGGCUACGGCAUUGGGGCAGUCUUGGAACAGCACGACGGCGACGACUGGCACCCUGUGGAGUAUUUCAGCCACAAAGUGCCUCCCAUCAACUCGCUUGAUGAUGCAAGGAAGGAGCUGCUCACAUUCGUCAUGGCUCUCAAGCGAUGGCGGCACUUCCUCCUUGGGCGUCGUAGGUUCACAUGGGUUACGGACAACAAUCCAUUGACCUACUACAAGACGCAGGAUACGGUGAGCAGCACGAUCGGACGAUGGAUGUGCUUCAUCGACCAGUUUGACUUCACACCGAAACAUCUUCCCGGCCUCUCAAAUCGCGCAGCAGAUGCACUCUCGCGAAGACCUGAUCUUUGCGCUAUGACACAUCAUGCCUUCGCAUUCGACGAGGAGCUUCAGCGACACUUCAUCCGGGCAUAUGAGUCGGAUCCGGACUUCGCCACGCUGUACGCACAGCUAUCUUCGGAUCACCCGCCGGCCAGCCACCAUCGCAUUGCCGACGGGUACUUGCUACUCCACUCGAGAGGCAAGGACUUAUUGUGUGUCCCACGAGACCGUCGUCUUCGGACUCGCCUUAUCGGAGAGUUCCAUGACUCGCGACUCGCUGGCCAUUUCGGAGUCAACCGCACUAUUGCACGGCUUCAACAACGAUUCCGAUGGCCCGACCUCAUUACCGAUGUCACUCGGUAUUCCGACUCUUGCGAAGUUUGCCGACGCAGCAAACCCCGCAACCGCAAUCCCUAUGGCGAGCUACGCCCGAUGCCUAUCCCACGGGAACCCGGUCUCUCCAUUGCCGUGGACGUCACCGGUCCGUUCCCUCGCGACCGGCUCGGGCACGACGGCAUCCUCACGCUUGUGGACCGAUUGACCGACAUUGACGCCGCUUGCUCUCCCGCUUCCGUUCGGAAGUACAGGGAAUUGCUGACUCAAGCCCGCGCAAAUAUGCAAAAGGCUCAAGUCCGCAUGCAGCAGCAAGCCAACAGGCGUCGCGUGCCAUGUCCCAUCCGCGCCGGUGAUCUGGUUUGGGUCUCCGCGGAAGAGUUUGCACUGGAACAGGAUGUUUCACGCAAACUGCUUCCCAAGUGGUUUGGACCAUGGUCUGUGACAUCAACCGCGGGCGAUGAGCCCGAUGACCCUUCAUUUGUGAUCAACAUUCCCGAGCAUCUGACGGUCCAUCCAGUCUUUCACGCCUCGAAGCUGGCAACAUACACGCCAGCUAAGAGCGACGACUUUCCGGGCCGACGAUCGCAGGACCCUCCAUCUAUGGAUGGUCAUCAGGAGGUUGACCGCGUCAUCUUGGAUCGCAAGUACGGCAGCAAGCCGCGACAGUACAAAGUUACAUUCAGAGCAUGCGAUCCCGACGACACUCGGUGGAUUUCAGGAGCAGAUUUGAAAGCAUCCGCACCGCUGAUCUACGCUCACUAUGAGCGUCAAAGGUUAGCCAAGGGAACCCCACGACCUGCCCCUCCCACCCGGACUUUGGUCCCUCCCUCAGACAGACAGCUUCGCCCUCGCAGGUAAGCUCGGUCUUUCAAGGAGGGGGGGGUGUGGCAUACUGUGUAGCCACACGGGCUUGCAGGGCUUGCCCCGCGGUCUCAGCCUAAAAGC